UUUCUUUUGUUUGAUUUAGAACAGCCAUAUUUUAACACUUCUGCCCCGAUUGAUGACUGAUAAGGAGACAACAUCAGCAUGGCAGAAGAUUUCAGCGAGUCCCUCACUCCACCGGUGUCUCCCUUUGCUGCAGACGGUCAGUGUGGUCUAGCAGCUGCUCGACCCCCCUGCUUCUGCUGCUUUGAAGCUAAGGACGACCACACUGGAGCUCUGUCCCCUGAGGGACAUCUUGGACGAGGUUCCCUGAGACGGCUGCUGCUGCGCCUUGACCCGGCCCCUGCAGAGUUCGAGACGGACACGGUGGAGAUUUUUGGCUUCACCUGGGUCACAGAAACGGCGCUGGUGGAAUCGACAAAACUGCUCUUUGGUCUCUUUAGACAAACUUUUUACAAGUUGGAGUCUUUGGUCCAGUCAAGCUCACAUGACUUUGGACAAGCAGGAAAUCUGCAUUAUGAAUCGGAGGACCUUCGUCAGCAGUGUGUUACAUUUCUUCAGUAUGUUAAAGUCUUUUUGCACAGAUUCCUGGGGCCGCCCUUGGAUGCACCUCACCUGCAUCCUUAUGAGCAGCUGGAGCAGCAGUUCCCCUCGGCUCUUCUGGAGGAGCUGUUCAGCAUCACUCUCCUCACAGGGAGACUGAAAGACCUGCCUGCAGGGGUUCAAAGUGCCUUCAGUAUGCAGAACCAUGGAAAGAUUUUCCCUCCCUCCUGGCAUUUGUUGCACCUUCAUCUUGACAUUCACUGGUCAGUGCUGGAAAUCCUACAUGCUGUGGGUCACAAGAUGCAAAGCCAGGUGGUCUACGCCCACCAGUUUGUCAACUUGACGGGGGAGAACCUGACUGAUGCCAGUCUGUUUGAGGAGCACCUGUGCUCUCUGCUGUGUGACCUCACUGCUCUGGCCAUGGGCAAAUACAGCAAGGUGAGGCCCACUGAGACGCUGAGCAGCGACCCCUUUCUCUGCCUCUGCACCAAAGAGCUGUGGGUGCUGCUCAUGUACCUUCUGGAGCACAGGAAUAAAGUUUUACGCACACAGUCUUUCUGGAGCUACAUGAACUCCUUGCUGAAGCCUUUGGUUGCCGGGCAGCCUGCAGAGGAGCGCUUUGCAGGCCUACCUGCGCACGUUAAAGACCCGCUGGGAUUCACAUGGUGGCUCCUCACUCACCUGGCCAUGCUGGGCCAGUACAGCCGCAACGGAACAGUCCAGAAAGAGGAUCAUUUGGGGGAUAACUGGACGUUUGUGGAGGGGCUUCUGAAGAUGACCUGUAACCCGAGGGGUGGAUUUGCAGAGGAACAGGUCAGGAUGCAUGUCCACUGCUGCCUCAGUCUGAGUCUGCUGUGGGAGCCCAGCACCGCCGCCGUCUCCACACUCUGGGAGUACUACAGCAAGAACCUGAACGCCUCGUUCACCGUGCCGUGGUUGGGGGUGGCAGGCCUGGGAUCGCUGUGCAAGACGCCUCUGGCUUUGUUGGAGCAGGCGCGCAGCUGCUGCUCCCCCGCUGCCCUGCGCUCCCCGGGUCACACCCAGCUCUAUCGCUCUGCCAACUCCUUCCACAUCUUCCUCCGAGUGCUGGCGCUGUGCCUGGGCCAGGACAAGGCUGGUGGCGCCCCGCAGAGGCAGAUCAAAGGGAGGAUUUACUCCAAGUUCUCAUCCAAGAAGAUGCAGGAGCUGUCAGAAGGAGGUCUCAUGAACUUCCUGCUCCUUUUCCUGGUGGUGGCGCGGCAGGUGGAUCUGGAGGACGUGGCCAGCCGAGCCUGCGAGCUGCUGGGCUUCUUGCCCUCUAACUGCCCCCCUGCACACCGGGCGCUGGUCUGGAGGGGGCAGCUUUCACUGCUGUUGCUUUUCCAGGAGAGAGGUCUGGACGGAGGGGCUCAGGCCAGCUGGUUGGCCUCCUCCUUUAACGAGACAGCCAAGGAGUUCUACAACAAGACCACCGAGGUGUCUCGCAGACUGGCCCUGUGGGGGCCCCUGGGCUCCUAUCUGGAAGGUGUGGCCGAGGUGUUCGAGACGAGCGCCAGCCUCAGCCUGUCGGAGGAAAAGCUGCUGAACGAAGGCUUUGAUUGGUUGCUGCCAGCGUGUCGUCAGUCGGAGCUGAACUCUGUCCUGAGCUUUCUUCAGAUCGUCCUGGCGCAGCUCAGACGGGUCCAUCAGCGCAGCGUCCAGUCGCCGCCCACCCUGGCCUGGGCCCCCGCUCCCGCCUGCGCGAUGAAGGAGCGCCACCUAGCGGUGGCUUCUGCGCUCUGGAUGCACUUCUUCCCCUUCCUGCGCAGCUUACGCCUCUCCCAGACGCCUCCAGCACAGCUGGCAGACGCUGCUGCAGGUUUCACCUUGCUCGCCUUUGAUCUGCCCAGUUCUGCCCCCCAGGACCUGCAGCCCAGCCCGGUUCAGUCCAUCAUGCAGUUCUUCGGCUGGGACGACAUGGUCCCUCCUCUCGUCGUAACUCGCUACCUUCCACACCUGCUCCAGAACAGUGAGCUGGUGUCAUCGCUGAGCGGCGGUUCUAGUGGAGCCGCCCCUGGUUCUGCUCAAAGCCUCUCAGUGAGAGCCUGGAUCCGAUGCGUUCUACAGCAACACCUUUACAAGAACCCGGACGGAACCGAAAGCAAAACGGCGCGGGCCAUCGGGGAGCAGCUGGGUGAACUGACCCGGCUCGUCCUGAGACUUCCAGAGGUGGACGGCAUUCUGCAGAGAGCUGGGCUUCCAUCCACAGCUGCCAGGCUGGAGCCAACAUCAGCCCUGGAGAUGUUUGUUAAGGCUGUAGGCGGCGUUUACAGCGGGCUGCAGCUGUUGUCAGAGCGGUCAGCCAUGGUUAACAGAGCCCUGGACUACAUUGGCGACAUCCUUAAAUACGUCAAACCUUACGUAGUCGGGAAGAAUCAGGAGGGAAUGCAGCUGGCGUACUGGACCGUGGGCUGCAUAGUGAAGCACUGGGGCCCCCUGCUGGCCACUUCAAAAGCUCAGCAGCUGCUGUUUCGGAUCGUGGACGGGCUCCUCCUUCCUCCCAAACUACCGCAGCAAGACAAACCUCUGAGGGACAGCUUACCCCUCUACCUGCAGGGUCUGUCGGUGGCCUCCAGCGUGUCUCAGUCGCAGGGCGCCGGGCUCAAACAACAGCUUCGCUCUGUAACCCGCAGAUACCUCGAUCAUUUCCUUCCCGCCUCACCCUCUCUGGGCGUCAUCGCCAACCACCCGGUGCUGCUUGGUGCUUGUGAGGCCACACCGACUCCGAGGGGGGCGGCGCUGAGAAGGACGGUGCUGGAGGUGCUUUGUGAGAAUUUCCUGCAGUUCAAAGGUCAUGCCCCUCCUCCUCGCCUUGCACCUGUCUUGAUGUUCCUGUUGGAGCUUUUGAGACGAAAUGGCGACACGGACGCUUCCCUGCUCAGCCUGCCUCUUCCCUGCCUGCUGCGCUGUUUGAUGCUGGUCAACGAGCCAACGGUGAGGAAGACGAGCACAGAUGCACUGCAGCUUGUGGUGGAGCGAUGUGCUGCUGGAUCUACAGAGAGGCCAUGUGAGGCGAUGGUCGCCGUCCUACGGUCGUUCGUGGAGGAGAACGUGGGCGUCUACGACAGGCAGGUGUACGGCGUCCUGGAGACGGUGGCUGUCUUGGAUCCCGCCGUGGUUCAAGCUCUAAUCCCCAACCUGACUCUGUGUCUGAGGAACGUGGAACACAAACGAGGACUGGGCAAGAACAUCGCCCUGAGGAGUGCGUACAUAAAGCUGCUAUCUCUGCUUGGACAAAGUGGGCAGAUGGAAAUAAGCACCUUGGAGAGCGACUAAGACUUCCAGCGGUUAUAGCCACCUGAUGGGACUGACAGGAGUAGCUUAGAAAAAUUUCAUCUGGAGACAUUUUCGGUGGAGUCUGAACAUUUCAAAAGCAGAAUUGUAUAUAAUGCACAUAUGAUAAAGAAUGUACAGCUUUUCAUUUUGAUGUUUUAAAAAUAAAUCCUCA